AUGGGUCUCUCCGUCCCACAAGCCAUGCUCAUCAUAGUCGUCAGUCGCAUUCUCAUUGCCGGUUUCUCGACGCUGAUAGCGUGGAUCGGACUAAAGUGGCAUAUUGGCUUCACGGUGCAGAACCGGUAUAGCUGGGGGAUGAGGGGCAGUUUUAUACCGCUUUUGCAGCGCAUCAUGUUGAAUUUUAUUUGGAAUGCGGUUCAGUUUCCAAUUGAACAGGAAUCAGGAAGUUUGAAAGGGGACGUUCAAGAUUUUUUUAACUUGGGAUCUUUGGUAACAGGUUGGAAUGGCGGUCGUCUCGUCGCCGUUUGUUUGACGGCAAUCUGGCCGUCGUAUGCACGCAUACCGAAUACAUUUAGUCCGAAUUUCCCGACUACGACCGAGCAAUUCGUUGGCUUUGUUGUUUUCUGGUUCCUUUCCACGCCGUUCCUAUGGCUUCGACCGGAAAAAUUCAAGAUCCCGUUCCUCGUCGUUUGCACAUGGUGCGGCGUCGGCAUGCUGGCAUGGAUGAUUUGGGCUCUAGCCACGGCAAAAGGCGUGGGCCCGUUGUGGAAUUCUGGUCAAAAUGUACCGGCAAACUCGGAAUGGAAUACCUCGUGGCUCAUCAUGGCGGGCAUCAAUCAGAGCAUCGGCGGUUUGGCGGCAGGAAUUACCAACGGAAGUGAUUUCUCGCGGUAUGCACGUAGAAGAAGGUCCUACCUUUGGGGUACUUUUGGCAGCUGCUUAGUCACUGGUGUGUUAGUCUCACUCAUUGGCCUCGUUACUGCAGCUGCAGCACAAAAGAUUUACGGCGAGGUAUAUUGGAACCCGCCGGAUUUACUCAUGCGCAUCAUGGACAAUGGAAAAGGGUCGUCGAGAUCCCGCGCAGGCGUCUUUUUCCUAUCUGCUGGCUUCGCUUUCACCGCCAUGUUUGAGAAUAUCUGCGGUAACACCGUUGCGGGCGGUAUCGAUCUUGCUGGUCUGUUUCCCCGAUACAUUAAUAUCCGGCGCGGCGCAAUCAUCACCUUUGUCGCUGCAUGGAUUGUUCAGCCUUGGCAACUGAUCAAUCGAGCAACCACUUUUAUCGCGGUCUUGUCGUCGUUUUCGGUUUUCCUGGCUCCGAUUAUAGGCAUCAUGGCUUGCGACUACUAUAUCCUGAGAAAGAGAAGGAUCCGCCUGACGCAUUUGUAUCGAACAGAAAUGUCCGAGUACUACUUCACCAAGGGAUUCAACUGGCGUGCCAUACCGGCGUGGUUGUGCGGAUGGGCUCCUACGAUUGGAGGGCUAGUCGUGACGGUGAGGGGAGAUGCGAGGCCACCACGGGCUUUGGUGGAACUUUACUACAUGGCCUUCUUAAUUGGUUUCUUCAUCAGCGGUGUUUUGUUCUAUCUGCUAAACAUCCUCUUCCCUGUUGCCGAUAUGGGCCAGAUGGAUCCCAUUGAUGUAUACGGUACCUUUACCUUGGCUGAAGCAAGAAGAGUUGGUGUCACACCACUCGAUGACAGCACAAUAGUUGGAGAAGCGCUCGCGAAAGGAUCGUCGGGUAACGAUUAUAACUUCAAGGGAAAGGACGUGGAAGUAGGUGUGACGAGUUGA